AUGGUUGGCGUUAUAGAUGCAUGGGCUUCCUACCUCAACAACAUGGAGGAAUUUCGAUCAUCGUACUCAGCAAGAUGGCUAUUUUUCACCACGUACCCAUGUUUGUACACCAUUGUGACAAAGCCUCAAUCCAUGGAUGUCAACACAAUUAUUGCAAACUUCUGUAACAACUUGGACAGAGAGUUGAAGGAAAUACCAUAUUUCAAAUGGGAAGAUGUAAACACGGUGUUGUUCCCCAUAUGUGCAAAUCAGCAUUAUUAUGCUGUUUGUUUUUGCUUCAAGAGAAAUGCUAUUGCUGUAAUAGACAAUUCUGCAAACGGGGAUGACAAUGACCUAACAAUAAAUUAUGGUCACAUUCCAGAAACAUUGAGAUCAUACUUUUGUCACUUCCUCACCAAGAAUGGUCUCCACGCAUAUUGUAAGAUAGUGUCCAACUCCAAAAUGCAGAGAUUGAAAAUGCCAUGGAGGACAGUUGAUAACGUUGAAGAUUGUGGAGUAUUUCUAAUGCGGCAUAUGGAAACGUACAAGGGUGAGCGAGAAGGUUGUUGGAAUUGUGGCUUGAAGAAAUCAAGUUCGGGUGUCCUUCAGAGCUUGAGGGCUAAAUAUUGUUCGGCGCUGAUGUUAGCCGAAAAUAGCCAUGAAAGCUUCAACAACAAAAUUGUUACAGCAGCGUAUUACGAAGAGGAAAGCAAACACAUUGAAAUUGAUGUUGAGAAAAUGAUUGCGGCAUAUUUAAAGAAGAAAUGA